AUGGGGGAGGGCAGCCACAAUGUCAUCUUCUUCCACCGAGGCUUCGACACCACGCCGCCCUCCAACAACGCCAGGUGGGGCGUCUUCAGGUACGACAUCGCCGCUGGCAAGGAGGAACGUGUGACGCCGGAAGGCAUCGAUGCCAUGACUCCUGCGGCCAUCAGCGAGACCAAGGUGGCCGUGGCGAUCAUCCGCGAGAAAUCCAUGCAGGUAGUAAUGAAGGUGGAGCGCGUGGUGACGCAGUACAGGCACAUCGAGAUCUUCGACAUGGCGUUGCCGGGGCAGCCGCCGGUGGAGGCGUCCAUGAACCAGGUCGCCGGGAACCAGAUGCGCCUCUAUGAUCUACCCUCCAAGCUGCUCUGCCGCGUGAUCAAUGUCGAGCUCAAGGUUCCCUCCUCUUCCCGCCGUGUUUUUUUUACCCAUGGCGGCGGCAGAGUGGUGGCGGCGGCGUGGCGGCGGCCUGGUGGCGGCAGCGGCGUUAUCCGUCUCGUUCUGAUCCGGAACGUGACGAAGACGAGGCCUGAAGGCGACCACUACAAUCCCUUCGUGCUCGAUGGAGGAAGACGCGUUGGCUACCACCGCUGCAGAACCGACAAGCUACUCAAGGUCCAAAGGAGUACGACGAGCAUCCAGUGGAGAUUCGACAACGUGCAGCCCCCGGAGUCGCACGCGGACGUGGGGCUCUUUAGGGUGACCGGCAUGUUCCCGUCCGUCUCCAAGAACGGCAAGAAGCUAGCCUUCGUGGACAACGAAUUCAAGGCCGUGUGGCUCGCCGACAGCAGAGGCGGCCUCCGCGUGGUGUACAAGGUGAGGACGCCCAAGAGCGUCUUCUCCACGUCGUGGAACCAGAACGACGACCUGGACACGCUCUACGUCUGCGAAGGGCCGGCCUUCUCCAUCGACAAGCCGGUGCAGAUCAUGAGGAAACCUAACGUGUCCAGGGAGGACUACGAGAACCUGGAGACAUUCCCGCUCACCGACGAGGAGUACAACUACGCCUUCCCGUCCACCAACGCCGAGGGCACCAAUCUCGUGUUCCCGUCCAGCAGGAACAGGGUGCCGGGAGGGGAGAGGCAGCACAAGAACCUCUACAUCAUAGACGCAGAGAAGGGAGAGGCCGCCGGCGUGGUGCCGCUCACCGACAGGGCGUGGACCGACACCCACUGCAGCUGGUCGCCCAGGGAGGGCUGCGACUGGAUCGUCUUCUCCUCCUCCGGCAGGCCGGAGGCAGACGUCGUCAAGGGCAACGACCCAGGCUACUUCGCCGUGUACCUGGUGAACGCAAAAGACAUCAAGAAGGGUCAGGUGCCUGUGCCCGUGCGGGUGAUCCACAGCGCACGCACCAUCGCCGGGCACGUGAACCACCCCGUGCUCAGUCCGGACAUGGCGAGCAUCGUCUUCACCGCCGACCUCGCCGCGGUCUACGCUGACCCCAUCUCCUUGCCGCACUUCACGCACUCGGACAGGCCCUACGGCGACAUCUUCUCCGUCAACCUCCGUGACACCACGGACAUGGCCAAAAAGAAGGACAUCCAGGAGUUCCACCGCAUCACCCACAGCCGCUACUAG